GAGGUUUCGGGCGGGUUUAUCCCUCGAGGGCCUCUGCCUCAGGAGAUUGACUCAGAGCAAGCUUGAAUUUUGAUUGCUCAGCUCCGUCUUGCUCGAGAAGAUAAGACACCCCGUCUGAUAUUCUUUCGAAUUCCGGCACCGGUUCGAGCUCGUUUCUUGCCUCUUAGCCAUGGCCAUGCCUCAUUCAAUGGCUUCCCCCAGCCUGAUUUCACCUCUCAAAGGUGACAGAAGCUGUGUCUCUCAUUUGCUUUCUUGGAGUAAAGCCAAGCCUGCCUCGGCGGUUACUACAAAGGGGUGUUAUAGGUUAUCGUCAAGCUUCCCUAGUGUAACUCCGUUGUCGGGCAGUAGUCAUAUCAGUUCUGGAGUUGUGAGAGCUUCUAAUAGGACAUUCGAGAACUCCAAGUCUGUCGGUGGAAAGAGGAAGGAAGAAGAUGAUGGCGAUGAGUUGACUGAUUCUGAUGAAUAUGAGGAGCCAAAGGGAAACGAUUCAUAUCUUAUGAAUGCAGAAGAGAGACGAGAGUGGAGGAGUAAGAUUAGAGAGGUCAUGGAUAGAUACCCGGAUGUCGAGGGGGAAAUGGAUCCAGAGGAGAGGAGGAAAAUGAUGCAGAAGCUUCUUGCUGACUAUCCCCUCGUGGUGGAGGAGGACGAUCCGAAUUGGCGUGAUGAUGGGGAUGGUUGGGGUUUUAACUUGGGACAGUUCUUUGACAAGAUUGCGAUAAAGAAUAAGAGAAAAGAUGACGAUGAAGAUAGUGAUAGCGAGAAUGAGAUUGUUUGGCAAGACGAUAAUUAUAUCCGCCCCAUAAAGGACAUCAAGACUGCCGAAUGGGAGGAGACAGUUUUCAAGGACAUUAGUCCUCUGAUAGUUCUUGUGCAUAAUCGAUACAAAAGGCCCAAAGAGAAUGAAAAUUUCCGGGAUGAAUUGGAGAAGGCAGUGCAUAUAAUUUGGAAUUGCAGGCUACCCUCACCAAGAUGUGUUGCAAUUGACGCAAUUAAGGAGGUUGAAUUGGUAUCUACACUUAAAGUUUCUGUGUUCCCGGAGAUUAUCUUCACAAAAGCUGGGAAGAUCUUGUACCGUGAAAAAGGACCCCGAACUGCAGAUGAGCUAUCGAAAAUAAUGGCAUUCUUCUACUAUGGAGCAGCGAAGCCUAAUUGUUUGGAUGGCGUUGCAGAAAUCAAUGAAAGCAUCCCAAGUGUUUCAACCUGAAUGGGAUUUGGAAGUGAAAUGUAUUGUAUAUUUUCACGUAAAAGAUUUUGUUCAAGUAUAUAAAUGUGCAACAGCAAUUUUGUAUACGUUAGGGUCCUCUUUUGUUUUCCCUGUACAAACACCAUAAGCUUCGAUGAAAUUUCUCUAAUGAUGCAAAGAGUUUCAGAUUC